GACGAGAGACAGAGAGAGGGGAAAGAGCAAAGAGGAACCAGACCAAGAAGAGAGGACGCUGCACGAGACAACUACAAAACCCACAAGCACCAUGUCUCAGAUGGAAGAGUGUGACGACGGGCGGGCACAGCGUCCAGAGGUGAGGGAGGAAGACCUACUGGAAGCGAGAGAUCAAUUGGCCGAGAAGAAGGAGGUGAAGAGCAAGACCUUCGAGGUGAUGGAGGAGUGCGAGCGUGCCGGCAAAGCAGCUCCCUCUGUGUUCAGCAAAGCUCGCGUAGGAACGGAAACAGCAUUCAACAAACCAGGGAAGAAGUAAUACCAGAGGACAUCCCUCUACAGAUAUCCCGAUGUGUUCCCAUCCAUUUUUAGUCUUGCACAUAAUUACUCUAAAACUGAUGUGUUAAUAUGGGGGGAACUUUUUUUUUUAAAUAAAGUUUGCAUACUUUUGCUAUA